UUAAUUCCCUCCCUAUCCGAUCCACCUUUUUAAAUUCCCCUCUUCCCGGGCCGGGAAGGAAUUCUCCUAAUUUUUUUUGUUUCCCGGAAGUCGUUGUCCUUCCUCUCCUACCUCAACUGCUAAGUUUGAGACCGGCUACAGAAGCCAGAGAUUAGGAGAGGACCUUGAAACUUGUGGAAUAUUUAUGAGUUUGCAGACUACUGAACGGGAAUCCUUUUUUUUUUUGCUAGUACUUGAAAGUUGGCGACUCUCCUUCUGGCGGGCCUGAUACUUGACGGAAGAAGGGGGGCGGGGGAAAAAACUAAAAAGAUGAGUUUUGAAGAUCUUGAGUUCGGCCGGUCGAUGACGAUACGUGGUGAUCAGACGAAGCAAGACUGUAGUCGGGCGCUGGCCGGCGAUGUCUUUCGAAUCAAAACAGCCCUGGCUGCCUUUCAACGCCUCGUUUACAACCUUGGAACUCCUAAGGACACCCCUCACCUCCGCCACAAACUGCAUACAUCAGUGCUACAAAUUGGGCAAUUGCUCGAGGAUGCUUCAGCCAAGCUUAAGCAAUCUACCCAAACUCACCCUCAUGCUCCAGACGCUGCCAGCAAGAAGAUUUUUGAUGAGAAGCUUGCGAAAGAGAUUGCAUACAUUCAUAGAGAGUUUCAAAAAGCCCAAAGGCUUGCAGCAGAGAGGGAAUCAGCUUAUGCUCCUUUGACUCCCCACCAAAUUGUGUCAUACAGUGAUAGCCCCAGUGAACCGGAUAUGAAGUCGAUGAGGAGUAAAGAGCAUGCGUCUCUUAUGAUCGAUGCAAGAAGUCAGGACGUGAUUAAUAUGGAAAGCGAAAUAGUACUGAAUGAAGCCAUAAUAGAAGAAAGGGACCAAGGCAUCAAAGAAAUCCAGCAGCAGAUUGGUGAGGUGAAUGAGAUAUUCAGGGAUUUAGCUGUUCUCGUACGUGAACAAGGAGCUAUGAUUGAUGAUAUCGAUACAAAUAUUGAAGGCUGCCGAGAUGCUAUUGAUCAAGGCGCUUCAGAACUCACAAAAGCAUCAUCCAAGAUCCAACGAUCUAAUUCCUCUACGAAGUGUUUGGUAGUGGUGAUUUUUGGAAUCAUCCUUCUCAUCGUCGUAGUCGUGGUGGCGGCGUGAUGGAUGAUUUUAUGUCGAAUCGAAGGAAAACUAGGAUCGGCCGUCCAACUCUGCCAGUGCCUCAUCAAGUCCGCUUGUGAAUUGUUAUGCUCCUCUUCGCAGAGGCAUUUCGCCCGUUUUUUAACAUAAUAAUAAUAAUAAUAAUGUGUGGUCGUGAAUCAAGAUGGUGAAGCCAGCCAGCCUCUUGCCCUCGGAAUAUACUCUCUGUUAGUGGGAAGAUAGAUAUGUACCUCUGUGUGUGUGUGUUCUUUACAUCUCUGCACCAAUUGGAAAUAAAAUCAUGGGAUUUGUUUGGAUUGUGAAUU